UGGGAAUCGGUUUAGGGCCGUUUAGCAAAACAAUCGGUACACGCAUGCUCAGUUUCAGCAGCUCGUCAGUUCUCAGCGUGCCGCGCGUUCUCCGAAAGAGACUGUUCUCAGGUCAGUUAGUGUACUGUUGGAGUAACUGGAGGGCUGCUACGAAGAGUUGGCAAAAUCCGACAUUAUUAUUAGGCAUCACAGGAUCAUAUACUCCGGGAUAUUGGCUCAUUUCGAGUCGGAGUGACUAUCAGGCACGUCGGAAAGUGAGUUUUGAUUGAGUAACUCGUGGAUCAGUGUUGACUCGAGACGCGAACUGUUUCAAAUGAUUCAGUCCGGUUUGGUUAACUGCUUCAACCACUUCACUAAAAAGAACCGGUUCAAAAGAACGAUUCAUUCACGAACCGGACAUCACUACUUGUUUCCUCCCUAUGAGUGUCGCACAAUCUGAAACGUCAAAUCCAUGCGACAAUGUUAUUUAGCUAAGUAGCUAGAUAAGAGAAAGUGUUUAAUGGUCGCACUACGAUAAAUUGCGGAAAUAAUGGCUGACUACUGGAAAUCCCAACCCAAAAAAUUCUGCCAAUAUUGCAAGUGCUGGAUUGCAGACAACAAGCCUAGUAUAGAAUUUCACGAGAGAGGAAAAAAUCACAAACAAAAUGUUGAAGCCAAAAUCGAAGAGAUUAAAAAGAACAGCACUGACAAAGCCAAGAAGGUAGAAAAAAUGUCCAAGGAGUUUGCAGCAAUGGAAGAGGCUGCUAUGAAAGCAUACAAAGAAGACAUGAAAAGACUAAAAGCAGAAGCAGAAACUCCAGUUCAGGCUCAGACAAAAGCUCAAAUAUUUGAGGUUGAAGAUACUGCAGAACCUGACAGCAAGAGUGAAUCUGAUGACUGGGUGCAGGGAACAACUGACAAUGGACAAAUUUACUACUACAACACAACAACUGGAGAGUCUCAGUGGGAGAAACCAGAAGGGUUUCAAGGUCAGAGUGAGUCAUCAGCUACAGACCAAAAUGAGACAGGGAGUGUAUGGAUGGAAGCUAUGAGCCCAGAGGGAUAUAUGUACUACUAUAACACAGAGACUGGAGAGUCUACAUGGGAAAAGCCAUCUUUGUUCCCUCCUAAACAGGGAAGCCCAUCUGAAACAAACACGGAACACGAGGUUCAACUUAUGUCUCAGCCAGAAUCCCUCUCUGGCAAAGAGCCUCCAAAUUCCAAACAGUCCCGAGCUCCCAAAAUUAGCUUCAGGAAAAGAAAGGAAGAAGUAGCAGAUCUACCAGGGAAUGAUGAAAAAGAAACUAAAGUGGAAGAUUUGCAAGAAGAAGAAGAUGAAACGAAUGUAAAAUCAUCUGCACCCACAGAAAAGAAAGAACCUCCUGUAAAGAAACCCAGAAAGGCAAACCCAUAUGGAGACUGGGAACAGAUUCAGGAGGAUGAGGACCCAUAUGAAAAUGUGGAUUUGCAGCUGCCACAGAAAGAAAGUGGCUGUUCUACGUCUACGUCCUCUGAUGUCCCCCCAGAGCCCAAAACUAAGUUUAAGGAACGCACCAUCACCUCUCUGGGAGAUGAAAGUAACUUGGGAGCCAUAUUCAAAAAGAGGAGGGCAGAGAAUGGAAAACCCAGGAGCCUUCGGCAAAGAGAGAAGGAUGAUUGAGAAUUUGAUGCCUUGGCAUCAGUUCCCACAAAUAUUUGAAUAGACUAUGAUCAGAACAUAAUUUAGACUUCUUUACUGCUCUCAUCACUUGUGGAAACCUUUUAGAUUUUGUAUUUGUUACCAGUUUGUGGUAUGUUACCAGUUUGUGUUUUUUUCUCAAACUGACAAGCAGAACUUCUGUAGGGAUAUUUGUAUAUUCUUUCAUAAUUCUUUCAUCAGUUUUCUUAUUCCAGUUCAUGAAACCAUAGUUAAGUAGUAACAUGUUGAAACUACAAACAUACUCAUAACUGCUUUCACAGUUCCCACACAGGUUUGUACAUUUCAAAUGGCAUAUAUGUCUUGGAAAGAGAUACAUUUAAAAAAAAAAAAAGAAUGUAACCUGUUUGUGUGUAGGUAUGCUGUUUGUAUGAGAUAGGCUGUGUUUGUGUGUGCAUAGUAAUAAAGAUGUUAGCCACUACUAUUGUAAUAACAUUCAUUCUGCAGUGGCACAUCAUAAUGUCAAAUAGCUUGUAAUUACACUUGUAGUGAAGGAAACAAGCAUGCUUGAGGCAUGUUAAUUUUUUUUCCAUUGAUCUACUUUAUCCUUUAAUCUGGAGGCUAAAACCUGCAAUUUUCGUCUGCAUUUUAAUUGUUCUGUUCUACACAAGUAGUAAACAUUUCCUGAACUUACAGAAUCAUUAAUCAUUAGUAUAGUUCAAGACACUUUAUAACCCUGAAAGGAAAAAGCCAGCAGAUUCUAAAAAUGUUUGCUAUUCUGUGCCUUAAUAGUGGUAUAAACUAUUUAUUGUAUGGACAUUGAUUAAAAUGUUUUUUGGCUGUUCAAAGAA